GGCACAUUUAACUGUGAAGUUUGCAGCGGGAGAGGCUUUCCUUCAAGCUGUUAGUGUUUUAUCCUGGCAGGCUCCUCGAGAUUGUUGUGAGGAGUCUAGCCAGUUGGUGAGCUUUGUAAUCUAAACCAGCUGUCCCAGGCUGAGGCCCCCAUUUGCAUUGUUUAACAUACUUAGAAAAUGAAGUGUUCAUUUUUAACAUUCCUCCUCCAAUUGGUUUAAUGCUGAAUUACAGAAGAGAACUAAGCAAAACCAGGUGCUUUCUCUGUAUUCUCUCCAGUGUCUGAGGAGGUACAGACUGCUCCCGAUCUUCUCCAUUACUUGCUAUUUCAUUCUUUGGACUAUAAAUGACUGAGGAACUGAAGUGCUAGCAGAGGGUAAUGUUUGGAAACACUUUCUAGUUAUUCAUCAGCACAGGCUCUGGUUUUUUUCCACCUUUCCCCAACGGUUUUGGACAUGCAAGGAUUAAAAAGGAUACUGACUGCUUUCACACUGGCCAUCUGCCUUUCGAACCCUGGAAGAGCACAGCAACAAUGCACUAAUGGGUUUGACCUGGACCGUGCCUCUGGGCAAUGCUUAGAUAUUGAUGAAUGUCGGACUAUUCCUGAGGCCUGUAGAGGAGAUAUGGUGUGUGUCAACCAGAACGGUGGCUAUUUAUGUGUACCCCGAACAAACCCAGUGUAUCGAUCACCAUAUCUGAAUCCUUACUCAAAUAUUUAUCCACCGCCCCCAGCACCAGGCCCAGUUCCUAACUACCCUACUGUUACAAGACCUCUGAUCUGUCGAUUUGGGUACCAGUUGGAUGAAAACAACCAAUGUGCUGAUAUUGAUGAGUGCGCUUCAGAUUCUCACCAGUGUAACCCCACCCAGAUCUGCAUAAACACUGAAGGAGGAUAUACCUGUUCCUGCACUGAAGGCUACUGGCUGCUGGAAGGCCAGUGCUUAGACAUAGAUGAAUGUCGCUAUGGCUACUGCCAGCAGCUCUGUGCCAAUGUACCCGGUUCCUACUCCUGCACGUGCAACCCAGGCUUUACCCUCAAUGAUGACGGAAGAUCAUGCCAAGAUGUGAACGAAUGCACAGGCGAAAACCCUUGCACUCAGUCCUGCGUCAAUACCUAUGGCUCUUUUCUCUGCCGUUGUGAACCUGGCUAUGAACUGGAAGCUGACGGAGUUAACUGCAGUGACAUGGACGAAUGCAGCUUCUCAGAGUUCCUCUGCCAGCACGAAUGUGUGAAUGGGCCUGGUUCUUACUACUGUAUCUGUCCUUCGGGCUAUAAUCUGCUUGAUGAUAGCAGAAGCUGCCAAGAUAUCAAUGAAUGUGAAACUAGAAACUUCACCUGCACUCCACAGCAAACAUGUUUCAAUAUCCCAGGAGAAUAUAAAUGUUUAGACCCAGUAAGAUGCGAGGAUCCUUACAUCCAGAUUAACGAGAACCGUUGCAUGUGUCCAGCUGAAAACCCUGGCUGCCGAGAUCAGCCAUUCACCAUCUUGUACAGAGUCAUGGAUAUUGUGUCUGGGCGGUCAGUGCCUUCUGACAUCUUUCAGAUGCAAGCAACAACUCGCUACCCUGGAGCCUAUUACAUCUUCCAAAUCAAAUCAGGGAAUGAGGGCAGGGAAUUCUACAUGCGGCAAACGGGACCGAUCAGUGCUACCCUGGUGAUGACCCGUCCUGUGAAAGGGCCCCGUACUAUUCAGUUGGACUUGGAAAUGAUCACUGUUAACACCGUCAUCAACUUCAGGGGAAGCUCUGUCAUCCGGCUGAGGAUAUACGUAUCACAGUACUCGUUCUAACCCUUGAGUUGGUACCCUGUAAACAUUAAAACAAAAGACACGGUUCCUCCUCUGCAGAACUCUCUCCUCAGAAGCCAGUACGUAUAGCAGCUCAAAACCAAGUCAGUAUUUCCACAGACCCAGCGACCUAUGCCUGUCUGAGGAGGGAGGCCUCUUCAUGCACAGCCCCUACCAGGAUGCAGUCCUCUGGAGGUGUAUCGGCAGCAGAUCUCAUACGACUCUCUAUGUGGUCAUGUAUUUUAAGGACUCAUUUUUCCAUUGUAAACACUUCUAGGCUAUGAGUCUACAUUUCAAAGACUGUGAACCUUUGUAGCUCCAAGACUGCUUUAGCAAAAAGCACCAAAGAAACUGAGGAAAAAGCUGGCUUUUGCAGUCUCGCCUUUUUUUUUUUUUUUUCAUUAUAAAUGGAAAGCAGACAAAAAAGUAGAACCUUCCUCCCACCCCCCCAAAAAGUCACCUAUUGAAACAAAGGAUCUCAGAAGUGCUAAUUUACAUUCCCAGUUAUCUUUGAAAUUAUCAGUCAGGCACUUUGUCUUAAUUCACUCUGCAUUUGUCUUACUUUCACCUGUUUUUCUUUGAUUCUAUUUUAUACUUAAAAUUCAUUGUAAAUUCAAUCCAAAAUACAUGUUGUACUAUGUAAUCUUCUACUUUCUAACAGUGUCACAUCUUUGGGUUCCUUUCUGUAUUAAAUCUUUCUAUAUAACAGAGUUUAUAGAAAUCUAUCACUGGAUGACACGUUUUACCAUGUUUAGGGUGUUACGCUUAGUUACAGCCAGAUUCUUUGCCCCAGGCCUCCAUUGCCAGAAUAGUGUCCAGGGGCUUCAGAGCAGGUGAGAAUUAGAACUUUCACCUGGUUUUCAGUGGAAUAAUUGCAAACAGUUUAUAAUGGCUAUAAGGUAACAGUACUAACUUUGUAGUUAAGGCUGCAGCCAACCUCCUGUUCAAAGACCCCUUGGCUCAGACGCAUCCAAAUUCUUUCACAGAAAAAAAAAAAAAAAAAAAAAAAAAAAAAAAAGUUCUGUUCACACAGAGUCUUUCUCCUACAUUCCUAACAUUGGGGAAAACAAGCUGGAAAAGACUUGGAAUGGUUGUAUCGUUCAUGCCUCUGCCACAAAGCAGACCCAUGUAUCCGAGUACCCAGACCUCGAGUGAUGGGAUCCCACAGUUUUCCUUAGGUAAUGUCUUCUCAGGUAUAACUGCUGUAACCAAUAGAAAGUUUCUCCUAAAGUCUAAUCUGAAUCCCCCCUGUCGUAAUUUAAAUCUAUUCUUUUCAGCCUACUUCCAGUAGAAACAGAGAACAGUUUAUCUUCCCCAUGCAACAGUCUUUAACAUGUCUGAAGACUGUUGUCAUGUCUCCCCUCAGACUGUUCCUCUCUAGUCUAAACAAACCCAAUUCUUUUGGUCUUUCCUCAUACAUCACAUUUUCUGGACCUUUGAUCAUUCUUGUUGCUCUCAUCUGGAUUCUCUCCAGUUGGUUCACAUCUUUCUCAAAGUGCAGUGCCCAAAACUGUGAAAAGUAUUCCAGCUGAGGCCUCACAGUGCUAAGCUAAAUAUAUAUAUAUAUAUAUAUAUAUAUAUAUAUAUAUUUAGGAGUUUGAAAAUAAAAAAAAUAAUUGUAUAGUUUGGAGGUAUAAUCCUCAGCUUGUUGAAGCCAUUAGCAGGUCAGUAUUUUAUUUUGUAAGAACAAGGGUUCCUGUACUUUGUUAUUAAAUUUCUCUGAAGCAACCACUUUUGCUUUUUUCCCCCACUUUUUCCUUGUUGGCUUAUUUGCUCUCCAGCUUUGCUAGGAAAAGAAAGAUAACCUUUGCUUGGUCUUUUUGAGGACUAAGAGUUCUUAAUGCUACUUGGGAAAGGGAGUUAUGUAGAUUAGAAUGAGCAUAGGCUGGAGCAGAGUAGAAGCAUUAUGUGAGGUCUUCAUUAAACUGGGAGUAUUAAAUGGGAGAAUACAGACUCAGAAAGUUAUCACAACACAGGCUGCAUGGCAUGUCAGAAGAAUGACUCUCUUAUUCCCAAUAAGCUUAAAAGUUAGCCUGGGGUUGUUUUUCCUCUAGCUGUAGAAGUGACUGCUCUUUUUACUGGUACUUAGCUCGAAUGAAGCCCUGAUGCAAUGGCCCACAACAACAAAAUGCUAAACUGAGAGUGCUUUAGCAGCUUCCAUUCCUUAAUAAAAUUUCCUCCUUACUGAUGCAACUUCCUGGGGUCCUGUGGCUCAGAGCUCUGUACACAGGCUGUCCUUUUUUAUAAAAACAAAACAGCUUGAGACUGACUUUAGUAGGCCAAGCAAGGAGCAGGAAACUAAGAAGUUUUGUGAGAAGCCACCCUGGAGGAGAUAAAUGUAAAGGAAAUGUGCAGAGGAAUAUCAGAAAAAGGAAUGUGCUUCAUGAAUGUAUCCAGGCUCAUCAUACACCACCGUCUUGGAGGGGAAAAUAGAGAUGCCCAAGAAGGAGGAAUGUUAUUUUAUAACCAGGGGCUAAAGCUGUGCAUGGAUCCCAGGUGAAGGAACAGAUACAUGGGAAACAAGUGGGCUCUGGUGGCUCAGAAAGCAGACGUGGGGCAGGCAGGAUCUUAAACUAGGGGCAUUAAACUCUCAGUGUGCUGAGGGUUUUCCCAGUGCUUAAAAGCCUUUCUUCUCCUGCAUUGUGCCACUUUGUUAUCUCUUCUUUUUGCCCAGUGGAGGAGUCCUCUCUCCUGCCAUCACAUCACCUCCUGGAGAUGAAGUGCACUCCCUUAGAUAUCAGACAGUUCCUCACUUCUGGGCUCUUCUCCCAUGGCCCCCACAUACCAAGCUGGUUUAACCCUAAUUUAGAAACAUUUAAAAAAAAUACAGAGGAAUUCUAUAACAAAACACUUUGUUAAAAGAGUAAAGCUUGAAUGCCUGGUUUCAGCAGGGUCCAGCAAAUGCUCAUAAAACAAUAUUACACUUUCUAUAUAAACAUUCUGCGCUUAAAAAAAAGUGAAAAGUCUGGAAACAAAGGAAUUCAGCCACUUUUCAACCGCCAUAACAUCUUUCAUCACUCACUAUCACUCCAGCCAACUUUAACUUCGCCAAAAUAUAUGCCAAUCUCAGAAUAAUAAAUUACUAGCAGCUUAUAACAUCUAAACUCUCCGUUUCCUAUUCAAGGGUCUGUUUUCAAUAGACCAUCACAGGCUCAUAUAUUACUGCAAUUCUCACCAAAUAAAAAAAUAAAAAAUAAAAAUAAAAGAGGAAUAUGCAUGUAAGGUUUUUAUGGGAUUAAAGUUAAAAAUGCAAGCUUGCAACUGCUGUAUACGUACAUGUUCUCCUUGGAGGCUGGGCCACCCUAAAAAUAGAUAGAAUCCCAGCUCCAGGUCUGGGAUUUUAUCUGGGUAUUUAUUCCCAUUAGAGGAUUUUCUAACAUGAGGCAUGUCACCAUAUGGUUAACACACAGUGUUCUGGCCAACACCAGAUGAGGGCACUGACCUGGGCCUGGGUACGAGCAGCUCAGGGUGACGGGGCCAUGGCAGAGCUGGGGAGGGAUGGCUUUCUUCCUCGCCUGCCUCUUGGCCAUCACAUCUGUGUAAACACAGUUCUCAGCAAAGGGAUUGCCUCUCGGUACGUGUUUGUACAGCACCUAUUGCCAACACAAUAAUUGGAAUAAAAGUAAAUAAGAGCAGAAAUGACAGAAAUCCUUGAUGCAGAUCACAGCGACUGGGAGGGAGAACAUAUUCCAAGAAAGGAGCCAAGUGAUUCAUGCUAUUUGGGCUAGGUGCCAGGGGGAGAAGAAUGGCAAUAGACAAAUGAUCCAGUGCUGUAGAGUUGGAUGGGUCCUACCUAGCAUAUUUGUCUUUGAAUAUUUCUAGGGGACUGGCUAUUUUUUAAUACAGACAACAGAAUAUUAUUUCAGAGUUUAUUAUUUUAAGAGUUUGCUGGAUCCCACAGAAUCACCUUUCAACUUGUGCUUCUCUGAUAGCAAUAAUUUUGGUGUGAAUAGCUAAGCUUCUGGGAGUGCCUGGUCACCCACUGUCACCGAGGUAGCAUUCAUUGCCACUCCUGUAGGGCUGUCAUUUUCAGCUGGGGAGCCUGCAGCCAUAUUUGCCUUCUGUUGGCCCAACCUUUACAAGAGUCAGCUUUCAUUGGCUCAGAAAUGUGGUAUUUACAUCAGCACAACUUAUGUAUUCAUUUCUCUCUAUCUAGAACCAGCAGAGCAAGAGGAUCAAUACAGCCUGUGGUCAUUCGAGUUUUCCAAUCUGGCUUAUUCACAAAAUUUGCUACUGAAUCUUUUCUGUAGCAUGUAGCUGUAUUAUAACCUCAUGAAAAUUCCAUAGCACAAAGUUGUUUCAAGAAUAAAAAAGAAAUAAAAGUAUGCCCUAAUGUUAUUUAAGCCUGAAAGGUACCAUUGUUGAAAUAAAUCUGGAUGGAAAAACCCUCA